AUGGGAUAACCAGCAUAUAACAGGAUAAAUUGUAUUUAAAGGUCAUUUAAAAAGUCAUUUUCAAUUAAUAUGAUAAAUUCAUAGGAUUGUCUUAUCGAUAAAAAAAUUCUAGAGUCAAGUAGCUUAAUACAUAAUAAAGUUGAAUAUGCUAAAUCUUAAUUAGCUUUAAAUUAAUCUUAGAAAGUCCUUUCAAAGAAUUUAUAAAUUUUAAAUACUAAUUAUAAUAAAUAGUAAAUCAUAAGUAUUGUGAAGUAUUAUAAAAUAGAUUAGUUCAAGUUUAAUUUAACAAAUUUCAUAAUGUAAAAUUGUAUAUCAAACACAAAACUUGAAAAUAAUUAGGUUACUUUUGAUUAAGUUAUGAUAUAUAUUGAAUGCUAACUUUGUAAUUUAUAAGAAGUAUAAAUACAGAGAGGUUAUGGAUUUCCUGAAAUGACAAUAUUUAAUUCAGAAUUAUUAGAAAUUAAGAAUUUUUAAUUCUCUUAAUCAAAGAUAUUUUUCAAAAGUAUUGCUUCAACUAGAGAUUGUGUAAAAAAUUUGCUAUUAUAGAAUUAUAUUUCUUUCUAUAUGUAGGUUAAUAUAAAAGCAUUGUUAUUGACAAUUUAAAUAUUUAAAACUGUCUAAGUUUCAAUAUACCUUUAUAACUUUAAAAGGUUAUGAUUUAAUACAGAAACUCAUGGAAGAAACAAUUAGGUGUAAGAUUAUUAGUUUAGUUCAAAUUUACUAAUAAUAUCAACAACUAAUAAAAUUACUGCUUUAAUAUUUCUAGAAUCAAAAUAAAAAGAAUUUAUAUAAUUAAUAAAUACAAACUUCUCAUAUAAUCAUCUAAACUAAUAUUUUUUAAAUUUGUCUCCGAUUUCUUCCACUAAAUUAUUGUUAUCUCUAAAUAUGGAAAUUUAAUUAUACAAGGAUAUUAAUUUUAUGAAAAUUUGGUAACAAACUCAACUGAUUCAAUAUUAUAUAUUGAUUCAUAAAAGCUAUAUGUUAAGGAUUCAAAUUUAAAAAAUAAUAACAUUAUUAAUACUACAAUAACUUUUGAAUCAUAUUUCCAAUUAAAUCAAAUAGUGGGAAUGGUAUGAUAAUAUCUAAUUUAAUAAUAUUUGAAAAUAUAAAAGUAGAUUUUUCUAUUCCUAUUUUUGGAGCUGGUUUUUAUGUAAUUACUACAGGAAUUAGUUUUAUUAAAAUUACAAGUUCUGAAUUUUCAAAUACUAAAACCACACUAUAGUCCUUAUAUUUUUCAAAAGGUGGUUGUUUUUAUAUUGUUGCAGGUUAAUCUGCAUUGACUCUAAACAUUAAGAGUGUUACAUUUGAUUCAUCAUUUAGUAGAUAUGAUGGUGGUGAAAUUUAUAUAAAUCCAUCUGAAAUUCAUAAUAUGAUUGAAUUUGAAAAGUUGAUUGUUAAGGAUUGCUUUCGAUUAAUAAUUAGUUUUCUCAUAAUAUUUUAUCCAAAAAAGAUACUAUAUACUCUUAGGAUGUUUUUAAAAAUAUAGAUUUCUAUUCAACACAAGAAGGACUGGAAAAUUACUAUUCGUAUUUAGAUAGUAUAACUGAUGAUGAUGUUUUCAAUAUUCUUCAAUCAAAUCCUUUAAUUUUUUUUAAUUUGGAAAUUUUAGUAUAUAUAAUUGUAGUUGUUAAUUAAUAAGUAUGUAAUUAUUACUCAAAAUUGUACACUAAUGAAAUAUAAUUAAAUUUCAUUUAUUAAUAGAAAUUCAUUUACUGUGUUGGCAAUUCAAAUUAAAAGUACAAGCUUAGAAAAUUAUGUGUUCAAAUAUUAAGAUUACUAAUUUCACAGUAGGAUUUCACCUCUAAUUUAAUUAAACUUAAGAUAAUAUAAUAAUAAUAUUAUUUUUUAUAGAAUAUUCUGGAAAUAUAUAUAUUUGAUCUUUAAAUAACUCAAGUGAAUCAAUUUAAAAAGAAGGAAGAAAGAGAUGGUUUAUUUAUGAAUACAGGAUUUCUUUUUUAAUUAGAUUGUCCUCUCAACCUAACUAAUAAAUAUUGA